UCCCAGCCCCCGCAGCUAGUCCCCAGCUCCCUACCCUAAUCCAGUCCCAUCCCUUCACUGAACCUCCAUGUCCCUGCCCUCAGCCCAACCCCAGUCACUCCCAGCCUUGCCCCCCAGCCUUCCCAGUCUCCAGGACCAAUCUUCCAAUUUAUUCCACUCCAGACCCUAAUGCCCAGCUCCACCCCAGACCCCACGCCUCUCACUCACCACACACACAUCCUCCCCUCCCCCCAAAUUGCCCAGUCCUCCCAGCUUUCCAAGGGCAAUUGAAAUCCAGGAGGGGCAGCAUAGGGCAGGUCUGAAAUAGGUGGGAGGGAGCUGGCACUGCUGCUGGGAUAGAUGCCAGUGUUGCAGGAUGGGGUUACCCCUAGACUGAAUAUGAGGGAUACCUGGCACUUAUACUGUGCUUUAUAAAAGAGGGCAGUAUCAUUAGCUUCACUUUACAGAUGGGGAAAUUGAGGCACAAUGAGGGGAAGUGACUUGUCCAAGCAGCCAGCCAGUGGCCAACCCAGGAGGAGAACCCAGUGCUCCUGCCAGUGUCUGGUACCGACACUGGUGUUGGGUCUGCUUCCCAUCUGCAGCCCUUCACACUUGUCCAUGCCGUGCCAUGGCUUCCUCAGGACUCUGGACCUUGGAUUAUGAGGUCUACGGGGAUGUGCAAGGUGUCUUCUUUAGAAAGUACACAGAAGAUCAGGGCAAGAAGCUGGGGGUGGUUGGCUGGGUGAAGAACACCCCCCGUGGGACUGUGACUGGGCAGGUUCAAGGGCCCAAAGAGAAGGUUGAGAUCAUGAAGAACUGGCUGCACCGUGUGGGAAGUCCCAUGUCUCGCAUUGACCGGGCUGUCUUCUCCAAUGAAAGGGAAAUCUCCACCCUGGAAUUCCCAAACUUCACCACCAAGUACUAGAAGGUGGGACCAGGACCACAGUGACCCCUUGCGCCCUCCUUGGGGGACCAGAUGACAACAACCACUGCUGGCUGGCUGCAGCUUCCGGGUGGAAUACCUCCCCUGCAUCCCAACCUGGCCACUGAGAAUAUCUUCUCCUGCUGCUCCAAGAUGUCAGAGUGUGGGCCUGGCUCCUAGCAAAUGAAUCUGUGCCAGCUUCUCAUUGAACUUCUAUUUCUCAGCAGGGGCCUUGGCCACAGAGCAUCUGAAACUCCUGCAGCCUGAUGUCUGCCUCUGCAUAAGGUCCCAUCCUGUGACUUGAGUCUCACCCCACAUCUGCUAUGCACUGGUACAAAUAGCUGCUGUGGCCCCUAGUAUUUAAUCCACCAUCCCUGCAAAGAGGAUGCCAUCUAUUCCACCCCUCCCAUCUGCACACUGUAUUUCUGCAGAGAGGCUCAGUAAAAAUGACCUGAGAAAACAAGAAAGUUAA